GGUGGAACAGGGGUUCUCAAAUGUCCAAUCCCGCCUCCAAACUAAAAGUUCCUGUCUGGAGGAGAAGGGCCUCCUUCUCUGUGCUGUCCUGGCUCCGGACCCCAUCAUGGGACCCCGCAACGCGCUGCUCUGGACAUGUCUCUGGCUCACUGCGGGCUUCUGCAGGCCAGACUCCAGUCUGAGUAACUUAACUUUGGUGCCUUAUGAUUUCCUCUUCGACGCGGCGGUGGAAGCCUACUACAGAGGGGACUGGCUGGCGGUCAUCCUGAACAUGGAGAAGGCCCUCAGGAACAAAGCUACGGUCCGAAACGUGAAGGUUCAGUGUCGGCUGCGAUGUGACAACCAGUCCGCUCUCGGCGAGCCUUUACGGGACUUGGAAUUUCCUAUCCCCGGGGCCGGUUCGGUGGAGGAUUUAAGCUUUUUCCAGAACAUUCUGAAGCGGGCAGACUGUGUGAACUCGUGCGAAACCGAGAAACUCGGUUCUCCAACUUUGCAUCAAGUCAGCGAGGAAGUGGAGCUGGAGUUUGGGAAGAGGACUCCGUACAACUACCUACAAGUGGCCUAUUUCAAGAUCAAUAAGCUGGACAAGGCGGUGGCUGCUGCCCACACCUUCUCCCAGGCCAACCCAGACCACCUGGAGAUGAAGCAGAACCUGGAGUACUACAGGAUGAUGGCAAGAGUGGAGGAGGAGAACUUCAGAGAUCUGGAAGCUAAGCCACACAUGGCUGAGUUUCUGCUGGGGAAGAGCUUCUAUAGCGACGACUCUUUUGGCCUGGCAGCCAAACACUUUGAGAACGCCCUGGAGGAAUACUUCACCGCCUACAAGGAGUGCAGAGCUCUGUGUGAGGGGGGGUACCGCUUCGACGGAUACACCUACAUGGAGUACAGCGCCGACCUGUUCCAGGCCAUGACAGAUCACUACAUGCAGCUGCUGAACUGCAAGCAGCGCUGCUCUCUGGAACUGGCCUCUGCUGCUGGCAGAGACGCUCCUUUCGAGGACUUCCUGCCCUCUCACUUCAACUACCUGCAGUUCUCCUACUACAACAGUGAGAAGUAUGAGCAGGCCAUAGAGUGUGCCAAGACCUUCCUGUUGUUCCACCCUGAGGACCAGAUGAUGAACCAGAACCUCAACUAUUAUUCUGCUGUGCUGGGUGAGGAAAAGGCCGCGGCCAUAUCAGCCAGACAGGUGGUGAAGCAGUACAUCCAGCAGUCCAUACUGGAGAAGGAGCUGCUGUACUUUGGAUAUGAAGCUUUUGGAAUCACCUUCGUAGAUCCGGACACUUGGACUCCAGAGGAUGUGAUGCCAAAGAAGCUGAGGAACAAACACAAAGCCGAGAGAGAGACUGCAGCGAGGAUCACGGAGGAGAUCGGAAACCUGAUGAAGGAGAUUGAAACUCUGGUUGAGGAGAAGAAGAAGGAUUCUUCGGACAUGGCCAAGAUGGUCGCGCCCCAAGAAGGGGGUGCCGUGCUGUUCGAUAACAUCAGAGUUACCAUGACAUCCAAGCAGCUGAACGGCUCUCAGCGGGUGCUGCUGGAUGAGGUGAUCAGCGACGAUGACUGCAGGGAGCUGCAGCGCCUCUCCAACGCUGCCGCUCUGAAAGGCGACGGCUACAGUGGGCACCCAUCCCCACACACACCUAGUGAGAUGUUCCAGGGGGUCACCAUCCUGAAGGCUAUCAAGCUCGGCCAGGAGGGGAAGGUUCCUCUGAAGAGCGCUCGUAUGUUCUUCGACCUGAGUGAGAAAGUCCGGAAGGUGUUGGAGUCCUACUUCCGACUGGACACGCCUCUGUACUUCUCCUACUCUCAUCUGGUGUGUCGCUCUGCCGUCGAUGAAAAGCAGGAGGACCGGAAGGACCUAAGCCAUCCUGUUCACGUCGACAACUGUGUCCUGGUUUCCGACCUCAAUCAGUGUAAAAAAGAACCUCCUGCUUACACUCACAGAGACUACAGUGCCAUCUUGUAUCUAAAUGAUGACUUUGAGGGAGGAGAGUUCAUUUUCACUGAGCUGGAUGCAAAAACAGUCACCGCCGAGGUUCACCCCCGCUGCGGCCGGGUUGUCGGGUUUGGAGCAGGGAAAGAAAACCCUCACGGCGUCCGGGCCGUCACUAAAGGUCAAAGAUGUGCAGUGGCUCUGUGGUUCACCUUGGAUCCCACUCACGAAGAAAAGGAGAGAAUCCAGGCUCAGGACAUGCUGAACAUGUUUUCCACACCUGUAAAUGAAGAGUUCAGUCAGAAAGAGUCACAGGACCCCGGUGAGUCUGGGCCGGCUGCUUCACAGGCCGACCAGUUGGCAACGGAUAAACGGGAAAAGAAACCGGACACAACUUCUGCUGGAAAAUCAGCCGAUCGGCCAGAGGGCACGGCUGAGAAAAAAAGGACUACCAAACCUGCUGCUAUGGCCAAAGCUCCGGCCAAAGCAAAAAACAAAGCUGGAGACACAACCAAGGCCGCAGCUGCCACCAAAGCCGCAAAACAGAAAGCGAAGCAGGGCAAUAAAAAAGGUGCAGCUCCUGCUGUUAAAAAGACGAUAAAAGGUUCCUCCAAGAAGGACUCAGCAUCAGCCUCUGAUAACGAAAGUGGAAAAGAUGAGCUGUGACAUGUGCAGGUGUGAGUGUGUCGAUGUGGUGUCUACUUUUUUUUUGUUUUUUACUUCUCAAGGUCUUCACUGUGGAUGAAUGAAUAAAAGGAAAUGGUGUGUUACAAUAAUUGAA